CCCUGACGUGUGGCGCUCACUUGUAGUUGUAACGAUGAACAGUUGUUGUGAACAGCAGGUGGACAGUUACUUUACAAUAACGUGCGUUUGUGAGUCAGUGUUUCAUUUUUAGCUUAAUUUAAUCUUUCUCUCGGAAUCUUUCACGCGGAUGUAGCGGGAGUCAGGAUGCUGCUCCCUCUGCUGGUGGUUAGCCUGGUUCUGGUCUCUGUCGUGGGGCAGCAGGCAAACAAUGACUGGGUCGACCCGUAUGAUAUGCUCCACUACGACUCAACCACCAAGACCAUGAGGAAGCCCACUGAGCCAGCUCACUAUGAUAACGUGGCAACCAAGAGAAGAGAGUACACAGAGGACCCCAGCCAGGCCGAGCUGGAGACGUUCACAAGUCAAGUAGUGGAUCUACAGAAGAAGAUUGAAGAACAAAAGAAGAAGAUCGCACUCCUCUCAGGUCAGCCAACAUGCAACCCAGUCUUCAAGAGAUUCCUAACCAGGCUCCUGAAGGAAAUGCAAAAAGUUGGUUUGCCCACUGACUCCUCAGAGGCUUUCUAUGAUGCGAAAGUUGGAGUUUCUCAUCAAGCCAUCACAGAAAUUCAGAAACUUCUGGAUGGUGACGGGAGCUUCACAACUGGUACUCUUGACUCUGCUGUCAGUCAGAUACUAGUGGAUCUUAGACGACACGACUAUGAGGCCUGGAAGUGGCGUUUUGAGGACAGUUUUGGCGUGGAGCUGGAGACACUAUUGAAGAUCGGGCUGUGUGUUCUGGUCAUGAUGGCCAUCAUCUGCACGCAGCUGUGGUCGACCGUGUCCUGGUUUGUGCAGUUCACUCGACUCUUUGCUGUCUGCUUUGCUGUCAGUAUUGUCUGGAACUGGUUUUACCUGUAUAAGAUCGCCUUUGCUGAGCGCCAAAACAACCUGGCGAAGAUGGACAGUGUAAAUGAUAAGUGCACCGGCAUGAAGAAAAUUUACUGGAGCGAUAGUUUGAAAGAGUGGUACAGAAGCACCUGGACUCUUCAGGACGACCCCUGUAAGAGUUACUAUGAACACCUCAUUGUCGACCCCAUUCUGCUGGUACCUCCAACCAAGGCGAUCUCCAUUACCAUCACAACUUUCAUCACAGAGCCAAUGAAGCACAUUGGCCAGGGGAUCAGUGAGUUUCUUCGGGCCCUCCUCAAAGAUCUACCGGUUACCCUGCAGAUCCCUGUUCUCCUCACAAUUGUUCUAAUCAUUGUGGUAUUCGUGUAUGUCAGUGUGCAGGCAGCCUUCCUGCAUGGCAUCACUGCACCUCUACGCAGACGGGGUCCACCUCCUCCUGGGCUCCAACAACCACAACAGCAGCCUCAGGUUCAAAUCCAGGGGGUCGCGGACCUUGACCCCUUAGCAGGCAGGGAUACACACCAGCAAGGUCCAAGGCAGCAAGCCGAUGAUGACAGGGCACACAGGAAUCCGGUUCGUCAGCGGCAUUCCAACAGCACCAGGGAGAAGAAGGCCCGGGUGGUUGUGGAGACACUGCAAUAUGCUGCCCGCAGUGAGGAUGAGACAGACAAUGAGCAACAGGAGGGAAGACCUGAGGCGGAGCAGAAUCUGACCGAGGAGUCAGAUGCAGAAAACCAAGUGGAGAACAAAGAGGAGCUCGAAGAAGCAGGUGCAAACAGUGUUGCUGCUCACACAGCCCAAGCAAAAUCCAAAACCACGCCCAAGGCCAAACCUAGGACUGUGAGUGAGAAUCGUUCCCAGGACCAACACAGUGGAGACGAUGCGGCACCCAGAUCUUCGCCGGCAGGAAAUCCGCCUUCACAUACUGAUGUCAAGGGGAGUUCUUCCAAAAAAAACAAAAAACCUCUUAAUAUCACACUGGAGACAUAUGAUAGUGUUUCUUAACUGUGACUAACGCCAUAUUUGUUUUUUUUUAAUGCUUCAGCAUCCCAUAUUCACUAAAGGGAUGGAGUAUAUUUACAUGCUUCAUACAUUGGUAAAUGAGUAUUUAUUUACUAGAUCAAGGAUUUUUGUCCGGUGGUUUUACUUGUUGGUUUGGUGAUAGCUGUUCUAGCUUGUGUUGUUCUGUUAGUAAACUGUGAACACUGUGUAUAAACUAUGGGCUCUGUAACCAGAGAUGUUUCUCCUUUCCUUUUUCCUCAUCAGUAUAGUUGUAACAAGUAACAGAGAAUUUGAAUUCCAGUGCCUGUGAGUAAAUUGAAGUUAUCAUUUAGUUUUUAGAAUUCUAUCACCAUUUAUGGACCUGUGGUUGAAGCAAAUGAUACAUAAUACGAUACUACAAUAAAGUUAUGUCAGACAGUGUCAUACAUGUUGGAAAUCAAACCAGUAAGAUGCUUCAUUGCUAAAAACCAAUCAUUAUAUUUACUCAGUAAAAUGUAAAUAACCUAAUGUAUCUCACUCAUACUUCCUGGUCGAUAAAAACUUUAACGUUAUUUAUUUCUCCACUGCAGGACCUUGAGGCCUCAGCAGAAAACGUGACCUCCUCUGUGACACACGUUGAAACUCUGGGAGUUCCAGUUCAGGAGUCGUGCCCAGUGCCUGAGGAGUAGACAUUCACAUUAGCGGAAGUAGCAAGAUGUGUAUCAUCUGUGUUUAGUGACAGACAGUAUUGAAAUGUGCAGCAGCAACAUUUUGAAGACUAGCCAAUGUGGAACCACACCAGUAGUAAUCACCUAACUUUACCUUGCUGAUGUACAGUCAACGAAAUGGGCCUUUCCUUGAGAUGGAGCACCAACACGGUUUUGGUGAAUCUUCUUUUUAUUUAAUGAUGAUUUUGACAAAGUUCCUCAGUCAGGGUGGCGGGCAGAUUAGUGUGUGUCUCAUCUGUCUCACUGCUAGUUUUUUCUAAUUUGAAUUUAAAGAUAACAAAGGGUCACAUGAAACCUGGCGGUGCAAUCAGCGCAUAAUGAGUUUAAUCUGAGAUAUUUUUGUUGUCAUUCAUUGUUUUGCUGAAUUAAGUUUUGCUGAGCAGCCCUGAUACCUUUUGUAGUUUUCUGUGACAAACUGCGUGUGCAAAGCUUAGACUGUAGAUAAAGAUGGAAGACAUGAUGUCCUUCCACUGAAGAAAAAUUAAGCUAAAAUACCCUGGAUACAGCCGCCGCCAUCUUGUGCUUUCGGUGUGCUUUGGAGUUAGUCUGUGUUUUCCAGGUCCCACUGAUACACACUCGACCAAAUCCUGAGUCAGUCUUAGUUGUCAAUCUUGAGGUGUCCUCCUCUUUGUAUAGCUUCCAUCUUUAUACACAGUCAAAGUGUGAGAGGAUUGCUUAUUGCUCUUUGUUGCAUGUUCUGAAUUUGUUUUAAUAAGGUAUAAUGCAUCGUGUGAUGCAACUUGGUGAAAACUGGGAAGAAAUUGCACAGAUGAGAAGGGAGCUUUGUUUUUUUUUUCUUGUGCUGGAAAUAUUUGAGUUCUAUCUGUGCCAUUACAAUACAGAACAUAUCAGUGGUGUUUCCCUUAGUGUUCAGGUUAAAGUCAGUUUACAGCAACUUGUGUGCAACACGUGUUCUUUCAGUUUUUAUGUCCUCUGUCACAAAAUACACAAAAAAAAUAAAUGAAAGUCUAUGAAAACCAUACAGCAGCUGCAAGUGACAGUUCAUUUAAAUCAGAAUAUACAUAUAUCAAAUUAUUCUUUUGGCAUGUAUGAAGUAAAGGGAAACAUCUUGAAUGCAGAGUAACAUCUGACCAACAGUGCUUCACAACCAACAGUUCAGAUCAGUUCAUUAAGGUCAUUAAGGCACAGAGACAGUUGGACUCUUUUAUUGUGUCACUGUUUAGAAGAGAAGAAGCUGAACACUAAAGAGUUUAUAUUUUUCAUGUUGAAUUUGCCGUAUUUGUCCCUGAUUUAGAAAUGAAAACUAUUUUGCAAUAUAAAAUAAUUACUAAAAACAAA